GCCGGAAAUAGCUAAGUGUUUCCGGGUCAUUGCCUCGUGUAGCUUCCUUUUCAGGAAAUAGCCUACGCAAACAUUCAGUAAUUUACUUUGUUGUAUCACGAUGCGGCUAUGUAAAGUGUGCAACGAGCAAACACCCAAAUACAAAUGUCCCGUCUGCGAAAUAAGAUAUUGUUCUCUUUCCUGCUACAAAAAGCAUAAAGAUUUGUGCCUUCCUGUUAAGCAGCUGAUACCCAAUGGAACAAAGGAUGCUGUCAAUACGGGAAACACAGACAAGUGGAGUGAGGAGGAUCUUCUUCCUGAAGAGGACAUUGCUGAUCUAGUCCCUCUAGCGAAGCUUCAAUUGUUAGGUCAAUCAAAAGAGCUUAAGGAUCUUCUUUGUAAUCCCCACCUAAGAGAAUUAUUAAGGAGCAUAAACAGUGCAGACAACAAGGAAGCAGCAAUGAAGGCAGCUAUGCAGGAGCCCUUAUUUGUGGAGUUUUCAGAUCGAUGUUUGAAGGUUGUAGAAAAAGAAGCCCACCCAGAGGAGUGCAGUGAGGACUGGUAAAGUUGUAUUUACUUUGAGAACGAUUUUCAUAAAAACAUAAUCAGGAAUGUUAAACAUGGGUCAUUUUGUAAUGUCAUUUAUUUUUACAUAUCAAUUAUUUCCAUUUUUAUACCUUACCUCCCAUGAACAAAAGCUAGUGAACGAAUAUAAACAAUUCGAUUUUCUUCUAUGAAUCAUGCGCGCAUUAGUAAAUGGCACAAUAUUCAAAAAUAUUUUACAAUCGAUGGAUGAAACAAGUUCCAAAUAUUCCCAUGGGUUGCAUAUUUUAAAGCAGCAGUAUGAACAACUUGAUUCUUUUUUUCCCUGAUCACGUGAUUUGUUUGGUGAUGUUGGAAUGUGCAAUAUCUGCAUGUGAUGUGCAAGAAAUAUAUAUACCCACUUUGGUUCUGCAGCAUACAAGAAAAAUUAUAUCUUGAUAUUUGGUGUGUAUGUCAGUCUUUCAUUAUUCAGUAAUUAAUAUCAGCAGGUCGUUGGUGAUAACGACAUUGAUCACGACUCAAUGCAAGGAAAAAGUAAAAAAAAUACAUGUACAUUUUCCUCAAGAGGUAAUAUUCAUCUGUUUACAAUAGUGCUUGUCAUUAGUGUCCAAAGUUAGGGAAAUCGGGCUUUGGCGUUGAGUAAAAUGUUCAAUGCAUGUCCAA